AUCUUCGGUCGCUAUUAAAGCCACGAAAUAUUGUGGUGGUCGAGUAAGUGUUUAAGUAUUCUGCUGUCUUUGCCGAGAGCGUCUGCGUCCAGAGGGUGGGUUCUCCUCGGAAGCCAAGAGCACUAGAACCGUCUUGAAGAAGCCUUCUCCUGUGGUCUCAGUCUCUACUUUUCUGCUAUAAGUACUUCCAAUCACCGAGAUGGCCAGUACAGCUUCUCCUGCCUGCUCGUCGCCAACUCUUUUGCAGGAGCAAAAGCUAGAAUUUCCUCCAUCGCCAAAAAUCGAAGCCUCCAGUCCGAAUGCACGCUUGCGGCAGAAGUUAGCAGCAGGGUCGGCCGCGCUGCAAGAAUGCGCCCAGCAGCUGCAGAGCGAGCGAGACGCUGCCGCCUUAGAGGAAGUACCGGAGGAGCAAAAAGCGGCGAAGGCGCACCUCGACCUCUUGGAACGCACGCUGGCCACAGAACAGGGACGGAGGGAAGCGGCUUACAAGGCACUUCGCCACUUGCACGAAGACGCGGGGACCGAAAUUUUCCUUCACGUCGAGCAGAAGGUGCAGGCAAAAGUGGAGAAGCUGCAAAAUUCAUUUCGCGCACUGCACGUUCGCUGCGAAGCUCUCGAAGUGAAAAAAGCGCAACAGAACACGGAAAACGCCGCAGAUAUCAAGCAACUGCAACAGGAGUUGUCUCGAUUGGAAAACUGCACGGAGAGCAUUCGGAAAGUGUUCGAGAAGGAACGAGACCAUGCUCCACAAGGGCACCAGGUACUUAGCAACACCAUGCGCUGCUGCUGUCGACAAAGUUGUACAACUUCAAAUUUGAAUUUGAUGAUCUUGGUCUAGCUAAAGUUACAAGUAAAAGCUGCAAAAGAACCCACUCACAGCUAGAAGUUCAAGGUGUAAUAGAAAAUGGUGACGACACAGCUGCCGAGUCCUCACGGACGUGUUCUCAUUUUUCGAGGCGGAAAAAUGAAAAACUAAAUGUUGAAGUUCCCUCUUUAUUCUGAUUUAUUAUGCAAGGUCUUCUCCGACACCUUGGACACGCUUUUCCCGACCUUGAACACGAAGAUGGAUGAGUAUGUCGCUGAGACUGCCGAGAAGCUUCAUUCCCUCAACGCAGUCCGCAGCGUGUCGCCCGUCGUUGAUACCAGUCCGAAUGCCGACGUGCAGGUCACUCCGGCAGAGGAGUUCCACGCCUACUGCCUGGAAAUUUUCUACGAGCUCCGACUCCAACUUCAGCAGGAGAAGCACCUGCGCCGAGACUGCGACGAAGAUCUGGUGGAUCGCGUUUAUGCAUCGCAAAUAUGUCUGGGUCUGGAACAAGGUUGCAACUUGUGAUGCUGUCUUUGAAUUCGAAAAAAAUCUGUAUUGCUUCAGCAGCCAGAGGAGUCCAGUCUGUGCUACGCCAGUACGCCAUUUCUCAUGCGGGAUAGGCAUCAGGAAGCCGACGUCUAAAAAUCUGUGAUGCUAGGUCAUGCAUUACAGGCAAGGCAUCGUGGGACAUAAAAAACGUGCAUGACAAACCUCGCUUUCCUCCAGACCGAGACACAUUUGCAGUGGAUCGCGUUGAGAAGUAUGCGCAAGAGAUCCAGGACGGCAUACGCCAACGGAACGAAGAAGGCGAAGAUGACGGCGCCGACUUGACGGAGGUACUGGAGGAGCGGAACUAUGUUCUUGCCCACGACGAGACUAAGGCUAGCAGUACUGGAGCAAAAGAUGCUUUGCUUCUGCAGAAGGGGAAAAACGAAGGCGCAGGCGGGGCCACAGUAGACGAACCAAAAACGUCACAGCAACACGAUCAUCAAGGAUCGCACUCUGACGACAACGCACAAGCGAUGAAAGCGGAAACGUUGCUGCCGCUGGAACUACAACUACAAGCUGGCGCAGGUCGUGUCGGAGGGGAAGAAGAAACGGGAACUGUAACUGAAGUGGAAGGUCGCGACAAUAGACCUGCGCCGCAGCCAACACAAGGGAGACUUCCGGAUGAACGGGUCACUGCAGAGUCACCAGAGAAAGGACCGUCGUCGGUCUCACUCCCACCACUGGUGGACCUAGAUGACCUGGGCAAAGUGGUGCCGCAACCACAGCCACCUCCUGGGGUUCGAAGUACCUCGCGGCCACCCUCGUCGCGAGCAAGCAAAGUUAAAUUACACAAUCCAGCAACUAACACGAAUACGGGGGACGGCGACGGUUUCACGUGAAGAAACACGAAAGUUGCCCGUGAAGAAAAGAUUUUACAGAUUUAUCAUGCAGCAGCGGACAACUUCCAAUAAAUAUUGAAGUUCAUAAAGUAUGCGACAGUCUCAGCCAAGCGAUAUGAGAUGAAGAACAACAUCACUCAACAACAACAUCAAGUGCAAAACUUGAUUAUGAUUAGGAAAAACAAAAUGUUAUCCAAGGUGCUGUGCAGGAGAAACAUAGAAAUCUGAACUUUCACAAUCAGAAUCGAGGCUGAUCAUUCAAACCUUUUCAGGGAAUCGCUACAGUUUUCGCGCAGACGAUGUGGAUGUCAUUUCUCCGUUAUUUGAAGCAGUGGAUUGCAGCAGCGUGCGCCGAC